AUGCCUCGCUCGGAUACAGCUAAUCCCAACAACCCUUUCGUUAUUGGAGACGAUGGGGCUGCCCCGCUUGCCACUCUUGGGUACGCGAUCAAUCAUUUUGGUCUUCUGACCUCCAAUCUAAAAGGAAUGAAGCAAUUCUAUGGCGACAUCUUGGGCAUGCGCCUCCUUUUCGACGCCCAUGUCACACCGGAAUACACUGUGACUUACCUGGGUUACGCACAGGGCGGGCGCAACGGGACUGGAUUUCAGACCGGCGAGGAACUGUUUCGGGAUAAGAACAAUCUGUAUGGGCUCCUCGAGCUCGUUCAGUUUAACGUGUCGGAUGACCACCUGGUGGCAUCGACUCAACGGACGAACACUUUUGGGCAUGUCGGACUCAUUGUCCCUGAUGUGCAGAAGGCACAGGCCUACCUCGAGGGACACGGAGUGCCCAUCCUCAAAAGAGUGAAUGAACGAAUCACCAAAUUCACCGGGCCCGUUCAGAAUGCAUUUGGCAUUGGCGAGUUUGCUGGCGAUCAUACCGCUGCCAAGAAGGCGCUGAUUGCCGCGCAAGGCUUGAUUGGGCUGGAGAUGUUCCUGAUGGUUGAGGAUCCCGAUGGAAACCUGGUGGAGAUCCAGCAACAGGACGCACCGAGCAGUUCAUAG